AUGCAUGAUCAGAUUCGCUUUCACUAUCCUAGAUCAAAAAUAUCUUUUCCAUCCCUUAAUAAUCCUCCCCGAAAAUCGCAACAUCAUCAUCAAUUACAUCAACAAAAGCAGCACCAGCAGCAGGAAAAGGAUCAACACACUUUGCGUAACUCAAAACGUCGAUCAUUUCUAGAUUUGUUACUCUUUUCUCAUAAAAAGAGCAAUGCAUCCAAAGUCGAAAGGUAUCUCGAGCGAUGCUUUCAACAUCCCAUUAUUGGCAUCUCUUCUAUCCUUCGAGAUUUUACCAGCGUACAACGUGACGAAGAUGCAUCGCUUACUUCUCAGCAUACAUCGACUACAUUAACACCCACUUUCGAAAUCAAAAGCUCGGCAGAUAAUACCAAGUAUACAGGGCCACUACCGCCGUUGCCAUCACUAUCUCCCGCUGUGUGUUAUCCUCUUCCCCCUCCUCCUCCCUCUUCUCAACAACAACAACAGCAGCGGCAGCAACAAAUUCACCUUCCCCUAUUACAAAUCAAUGCUGUGAAUAAGCCAUUACCAAAAAUUAUUAGCCCCACUACGCCUUUACCCUCUCUCGCUUUAUUAACGCCAACAUCAGCACCUCCAUCUUGUAUUAUUCCAGCAACUACUGAUGCUCAAGAGCAACUGUCCUCAGAAAUCUCACUAGUAGACUUUGAUUUACUAAAAGUGCUAGGAAAAGGAUGUAUGGGCAAAGUGCUGCUUGUGCGAUCAAAGAGAAACGAACGAAUGUAUGCUCUCAAAUCCAUCAAAAAGAAAUGGGUCAUCAAGCAGAAGGAGCUGAUCCACACUCGGGCCGAAAGAGACAUUCUAGUGCGAUUACGACAUCAGCCCUUUCUGGCCCAAGUCCAUCAUGUAUUCCAGACGCCCUGUGAGCUCUUCCUUGUGCUCGAGUACUAUGCAGGCGGUGAUAUAGCCACUCAAUUAUCCAACAUGACAUGCUUUGAUGAAGAGCGCACUAAAUUUUAUGCAGCUGAGAUUGUGUACGGUCUUGGGAUAUUACAUGAGCACGGCAUUGUGUACAGGGACCUCAAGCCGGAAAAUGUACUUAUUGGUCGAGAUGGCCAUAUCAUUCUAACUGAUUUUGGGCUGUCCAAGAUUUUCACUGAGCAAGAUGUGGAUGAAUACAAUGUGUCUUCAACGCAAACGUUCUGCGGCACAGCCGAAUACCUGGCGCCCGAGAUCUUGCUGGGAGAGCCGUAUACGUUUGUUGUUGAUUUCUGGAGUUUGGGAACUCUUUUGUAUGAAAUGUUGGCAGGCACAACACCAUAUUGGGCAGAAACACAUAUGGAAAUGUAUAAAAGAGUAUUGGAAGACUCGCUAGAGUUUCCCAGUGAUUUUGAUCCUGCUACCUGCAGCUUUUUGACAGGAUUGUUGGAGAAGGAAGCUUGUGAAAGACUAGGCUGGGGCGAAGAUGGCAUUGAAGAAAUCAAGGCACAUCCCUAUUUUGGCUUUAUCAAGGAUUGGGAGCACGUAGGACAGCUCAAGCUAAGGCCACCUUAUAUACCCUUUAUUCGAAAUGAGCAAGACAUAUCCAAUUUCGACGGCAUGUUUACGAGCUUGCCUGUAAAGAUUAGUCAGUCAUCGCUCAUCGAUGUGGAUGAGCAAGAGCAGCUGCAAGAUCCCUUUGAAGGUUUCUCAUUUAACAAUGUAGUACAGCAGCACACACUCUCUCAUCACAAUAGCACCAAUGCCAUUGCUAAACCGCCUUUCAUCGACACUAGUAAUUCGACAUCCACAGUCAGAAUACGCAAAAGACAUAGUGCGGCACUGCUCUCAUUUACAUCGUCGCCAUCGUCCAACAGCAACAAUCAUCAGCUCUUUGAGGACAAUCGAGUGAUCAAAAAGAGACAAACCAACAUCAACAAUGCGUCAUUUGCAACUCGAAAUCAAACAGAAGAGGAGUAUGAGGAGGAUCAAUCCAGCGUUUACUCGAGGUCGUCAUUGUCCUUUUCAUUUGCAGCUCAAGAAGCGACUACAGCGACGAGAGCAGGCAGUGAAUUCAGCAUUGAGCCUAUACAGACGAGCCAUUGCACUAUCGCAGCAGCAUAUGAAAGACCGCAAUGUCCAUUACCAGGUCAACAACAAUCCCGAACUGUGUUCACAUCAGAACCAAGAGGAGCUAGUAGAUCAUCCCUAUCACUGCGAUCCAAUGCCUCCACGCUCAACAACUCGGUUUGUUCCUACCUCACACUAGAGAACAAUGCGAAUAGUGUCGCCCAUUUGCAGCAACAACCACAAUUCUUUCUCCUUGAAUGA